AUGAUAUCAUUAUCGUUUAAAUGUGAAGAUUGAAUUUGAAAUUAGAAUGUGAAGUUGAUUUGAGUGAUAAAGACAAAACAAUAUGGCGUCGAAUACAGUGUUUCGAUUCUUGAUAUUGCUCACCGCGCUGGUGUGGAUACUCUCUGCUGAUAACCCUAAGAGGAGGAGACGGGAGCCUUGGACUAAUGGGAGUUGGUUCAACAUGGGACUCCUCGAGUUUGAAGAAUGGACGAACCAAACAGAUCUCUUUUCUGAUAAGUCCAGGAUGUGUGCGAGGUUGCGAGGCUUGACUCCUGGGCAAAGAAGGGUCUGCAGACGUCAUAAAGAUCAUAUGCCCGCUGUUGGUGACGGCGUGAAAAAGGGCAUUAAGGAAUGCCAGUAUCAGUUCCAAAAUCGAAGAUGGAAUUGUACUGUGACGGAAGAUGAUACAGUCUUCGGACCUUUGACAUUAAUUGCUUCUAGAGAAACCGCGUUCACACACGCUAUUACCGCAGCGGGAGUAUCACUUGCUAUUUCAAGAGCGUGUCGCGACGGUCGUUUAUCGUCGUGUGGCUGCAGUCGCGCGGCUCGGCCGCGGCAUCUUCACAAUGAUUGGGUAUGGGGAGGCUGUGGUGACAACCUUGAAUACGGUUACAAAUUCACCGAAGGCUUCGUAGACAUACGUGAGAGGGAACGAAAAGUGAAACGUGGCAGUCGAGAGCAGGGCCGGCAGCUUAUGAACAGGCAUAAUAACGAGGCCGGUAGGAGGGCGGUCAUAAAGAAGUCGCAGGUUACGUGCAAAUGUCACGGCGUGUCUGGCUCCUGCAGUCUCAUUACCUGCUGGCAGCAACUUGCUACUUUCAGAGAGAUUGGUGACUACUUAAGAGACAAAUACGAAGGUGCAACCGAAGUAAAGGUGUCGAGACGUGGCAAGUUACGAUUAAGCAACCCAAACUAUAGCCUACCUACUGCUCAAGAUCUUGUGUAUUUGGAGGAAUCACCUAAUUAUUGUAUACGAAACGAAUCACUGGGUUCCCUUGGAACAACGGGCAGAGAAUGCAACAGAACGUCAGCGGGUAUAGACGGAUGCGGGCUCAUGUGUUGCGGAAGAGGGUACAACACUAAGAAAAUCGUUGUUAAAGAACGCUGUCAAUGUAAAUUUCAUUGGUGCUGCAGGGUUGAUUGCAACACUUGCGUUAAAACUGUUGAAGUGUAUACUUGUAAAUAAAUUUAGUUGUAAAAUAUUUAUUGCAUUAAUUACGUGUCUUUUAAAGUUUAUAAACUUAUU